AUGCGUCGCCCCACCCCCACUCCCACUGCCAAUGCCUCUGGCGGGAGAAGGGCCGGGCAGCAGGAGUUCCUCCAACUCAUCCCGCUGGACGUUGACCUCCCGACCGCCCGCCGCCUCGCCCUCGCCGCCCCGAACCUCCGCGCCCUGCCGUCCACCGUCGGGCUCCUCCUCCCGCGGCUGCACCGCCUCGACCUCACCGGCGGGGGACUGCGGGAUGUCGCCGCCAUCGCCACACUGCCACUACUCACCUCGCUGAACCUCUCCGGCAACACACACCUCGGUUCCAUUGCCCCGCUCGCCGCACUGCAGCAACUCACCGUUUGCGUCCUCGCACACUGCCAGCUACGUUCCCUUGAUGGUCUGCAAGGAAGCGCAGCGAAGCUAAAGUCCGUUAUCGCAAACGACAACCAACUGUUGCUAUACUCGCCCACUAGUCACAUGCUGGCUGGAGCCAACUCGGAUGAUGUUGCCUUGGCAGUAAAGAAUUACGAGAUACUUUCUGAACUUACUGCUUGUGAGACCUUAGUGCUCUCUCGCAAUCCACAUCUCUGUACUUUGCAUGUCAUACCGGAUACAAUCGAGGAGGAGGAGGAGGAGGAGACAGAACAAACUGAAAAUAAACCUUCUAAGACUGUUCCAGGGGAAGUACCGAAACGAGAGGCAGACUGGACACAUCCUCUCUCUUCAAUUGAAAAAAUGACACAUCUGAGGAAGCUUUCACUCAGCGGUUGUGGACUGACUUCCUUACCCUCACAUUGGUUUCUUCCAAUGGUAACAGAACUGAGGCUUAGCCACAACGCCUUAAAGAGCCUUAUCCCUGAAGGUGUUAUUUUUCGUUCAGUUAAAAUUCUUGACGUUAGCCAUAACCAACUUCAGAAACUCUCCACACUACGUCGAUGUCGUUUUGUUAGACAUCUCUGCAUAAGUGGGAAUGCGUUUCUAGAAGAGGAUGGUGAAUUAGCAAGUGAAGCAGUUUCAAAAGAGGAAGUGCCGAAGACUCGUGCAAAGUUGACCCCUGGAAUUGUGCAUUAUCUUACACGAACAAUGCCCAACUUGGAAGUUGUGGAUAACAUGAUGCUUUCAACAUUACAGCAACAGUGGGCUUUAGAAGAAAAAGAAAAAGAAAAAGAAGCAAAAGAAAAAUAUAAACAGGAAAGAAUAAAGAAAGAAAAAGAAAAAGAAGAACACUCUGAAACAGUUGAAGAAGAAGCAAAGGUUAAUUCCAUUAAGAAGGAAGUAACUCACACCUCAGGGAGGAAGGAAUGUGCUGUGGAUAAUAGUAAUAAUAAUGAUGAUAUUGUUGUGGAGCCUACUGAACUACUACCGACUGAGGCACCGCGAGCACCAAUUGUUCGUCGUGAACGUACAAAUUUGAUUGAUUCACGAAAGCGACAGUUAGUAGCUGAUGGUGCUGCUGCAGCCCAGCUUUUGAUGAAACGAAAAACUGAAGGUACUGGAUGGUGA